AAGAAAUAAGAAAAGUCACCAACUAAUGCUCCAAAGAAAAGAAAAGCGAAAAAGUGUUCUUCCACACCCGAAUGAAAGUCCCAUAGUAUGUCUCGCUCCCUUUGGGUUGAAGCCAUAGUCUCCUCUCCCUGUUUCUUCCCUCCCCAGAGGGAAAUUGGGUAACGCAUAAAUUAUUGAUCGUAGAAGGCUCCUUAGAAAUAUACUAAUGCGGGCCUGCUAUUCUUAACUCUUUUGCUUUUCUGAGUUUGUUCCGUUGUUUUCCUCCUGGUUUCUGGAAUUUCUCAGCAUUUGACCUCAUGCCAUCAGCUAUAGCAGAAGAGAUCUUCCGAAAUUGCUUUCAAAAGAAGUGAAAAUUGGCCACAUAAAUUCUAAAACAAAAAUGGCUGAGCAACCACCAAAGUUAAGCAAGAAAACAUUGAAGGGACAGGAACAAAAGAAACCAUCUUCCAGCAGUCCUAAGGAUAAUCUUCUAUUAAAAAAGCAGCAGAAGAAAAGGCGUAACCCUGUCCGGAUGCCACCAUCUACAGAGUGGUAUUCAGGUUUCAAAUGUUCAAACUCAUGGGUCUGCAAAAAUGCAGCUUGUCGAGCCACCAUUCCAAUCGAUGACACAUUCUGCAAGAGGUGCUCUUGCUGUAUUUGUCACUUGUUUGACGACAAUAAAGAUCCAAGUCUUUGGUUGGAGUGUGGUUUGGAGUCUGGCCAGGGAGAAUCUUGUGGGUUAACAUGCCACAUUGAGUGUGCCAUCCAACGAGGGAAGGCAGGGGUUGUUGAUCUUGGUCAACUAAUGCAGCUAGAUGGGAGCUAUUGCUGUGCUUCUUGCGGUAAAGUUUCUGGAAUUCUAGGGUAUUGGAAGAAACAACUUAGCAUUGCAAAGGAUGCUCGUCGUGUAGACAUCCUCUGUUAUAGAAUACACUUGUGUUACCAGCUCUUUCACGGGACUUGUAGAUUUGGAGAACUACACGAAAUAGUUAAAGAAGCAAAGGCAAAAUUGGAAACAGAGGUGGGCCCUUUGAAUGGAGUUUCAGCAAAGAUGGCCCGGGGGAUUGUUAGCAGACUUUCUGUUGCAGGUGAUUUGCAGUUGCUUUGCUCUCUAGCUAUUGAGAAAGCAGAUGAAUGGCUAACUAUUAAGUCCAGUGGCACCAGCAAUCUUGGAGGCGAUGGCGGGAUCAUGGAAGAACGGAGUGACAGAUUGUUUCUGCUGGCUGCAAUAGAAAAUUGGUUAAAAACAGUGGCUCAUGGCGGCACUAUAUGGUGGAAUUUUGGCCAUCCGCUGUUAAAAGCACUGACAAAACCUAUCUAAGCCUUUUCCCACUAGGCAGGGUCGGCUAUUGCAGGAUAGUGGUGUGUGGGUUAAUUGACACUAUAGAUUGAUGCAACGGACCCCAACUUGUUGGAUUUAUGCUUUAUGAUAUAUUAUUGGAUUGGAACGUGAUUCUCCUGCAUUGUCUAUUUUUUUCCAGAGUGCUCACUGCCAGCAGCAUGCAAAUUCCUUUUCGAGGAGGUGAAAUCAUCUUCAGUCGUGAUUCUCCUAAUAGAGCUAUCUCUUGCAUCAUUGACAGAUGACAUCAAAGGCUACAAGCUCUGGUACUGUAAGAAUAGAGAAGACACUUAUAGCAAAGAGCCUGUCUGUAUCUUACCAAGAAGCAAGAGAAGGGUUUUGAUAUCCAACUUGCUUCCAUGUACGGAGUACUGCUUUAGGAUCGUGUCCUACACAGAAGCAGGUGUUUUGGGACACUCCGAGGCCAAGUGUUUCACAAAUAGUGUUGAAGUAUUUAAUAGAACUUUGAAGGGGAAUUUAGGUACUGGAGGAAGCAGCUUUAGUGCAACAACAGUGGUGGAGUCCGAUUCUGGUUUCAGAGUGCGUGACCUUGGCAAAUUAUUACAGCUAGCAUUGGCCCAACUACAGAAAGGCUGUUCAUCAGAUACAGAAAAGCUGUGUAAAGUUUGUGAUAUUAUUGACAAUAAUAAGGCAAGCAUACAAAAACACAAAAGAAAACUUUCUGCUUCGAGGCAGCUUGACUUAAAUGUUGCUUCAGUUCCUGAUUUGAAUGAAGAGUUUACCCCUCCUGUUAACUCAUCUAGAGAACAAGAGGUAGAAGACAUCGGGAGUGAUGAUGAUGUUGCCAGGUCAGAUAGGAGUGAUGACUUCCAGGAUUGGAACAAGAAGAAGAGGGGUAGCACCAGCAAUGGUGGUGAAACACAUGACUCCGAUAGCACCUUGAUAAAUGAUGGAUCACCGAUACAAGCUCGUAAUGCUUCUUCCAGGUGCUUUGAUGAGAACUUUGAGUACGGUGUGAAGAUUAUACGGUGGCUGGAGUGCGAGGGUUACAUUGCAAAGGACUUCAGGUUAAAGCUGCUCACUUGGUUUAGUUUGAGGUCAACCGAGCAGGAACGUAGAGUCGUUAUUACCUUCAUUCAAACUCUAAUUGAUGAUCCAAGUAGCUUAGCUGGACAGUUGAUUGAUUCUUUUUCAGAAAUGGCAUCAAACAAGAGGCCCCGAAACAACUUUUGCAGUAGGCUCUGGCAUUAAAACCCUUGUCCAGUUUGCUUUUAACAUUGUUUCUGUCAAAAUCGUUACGCUGCAGCAAAUCUUGCCAAUUCACCAUUCUGCACAGGACAUUUUUUUGUGUGUGAAGUGAUUCAUGUGUUAUUAGGAGAGACAAGCCUAUUUCUGUGUGUGUAGCUAGCUAUCUAUAAAGUAUUUGGUGGGGUGGGGUACUUGAGUAGGAAGAUCAAGUUUCUCCCCUCAGAGGCUCAGACAAGGAGAUAAUUUGUUUAGAUUCAAGAAAGCUUAAAUUUGUAGCCUUGUA